CUUGGCUAGUUAUACUGCCAGUCAUGCAAGCAAACAAAGGCUCUUUUCCUCAUUUAAAAUUUUAUAGAGAUUCAAGAUGGCACAUCUCAAAUGUGUGCCUUAACUGUAACUACAAAGCAGAUCAGCCAAGCAACAGGCAACACCCUAAACUCCAAGGACACAGACCAAGAAUCUUACUGAGCUACCUCAAACCCAAAAGGUCGCCACCUAUAUCAAGCAAAGUACCUUCAGUCCUGGAGGACAGUUGCAGGGUCAGCAAUUUAAACAACAAGAGAUACUUUCUGCAUAUACCUCUGGGUGGAUCAGAGAGGUGAGAGGAACAACAGGUGCAUCGAAAAGUUUUGACAUUUCUCUCCAGAGGGUCAGAUCUGAGUUUUCCCUUCGAAUUCAGUAUUCGAUUCUGAAAAGUGUCAUGCAUGUCACAGUUUGUGGGUUAUGUCGAUUUUGAGCCAAAGCGAGGCCGUGCGCAAACCUUGACCAUAUAUGCUACAGCCAUAGAUAGCAGGAUCCCUCGUGACUGCUGUCACUUGAUCCAGACUCUCACGAGGUGAACGCUUUUUGGUUGGCAUGACCUGGGAGUAGACUUCUUAAUCCAAAAACCUAAGAUGAAUGAGGCCAAUCGAUUCUGUGAACCUAAGAUGGUUAAUUUAGGGAAGCCUGAUCAAUCAUGAAAACCAUGGCUUAAUCAGCAGGUCUUAAGUUCCGACUGAAACUUCUACCAAAUUCUAUUCUCAUUGCAUGGCAGUUAGUCAUACGAUCACUGAGGAGGUUGUGGGUUCGAAGCAUCGUGUCACCAGCAAAGACUUGCUUUUUCUUUGAGUGGAAGAAGGAAAGUCUUGAAUAGAGAAAGAAGUCAGGGCAACAAUAAUGCACCACCCUCCAAUCAAGUUGCAGCGACCAACCAUUUCCUAAUCUUGAGUUUAUUUAUUGAUCAGUAGACAUGACCCUUGCUAUUGCGGCAUCUUAAUGACUGACCCCUAAUUUCCUUUUAACCUGAACCGUACUCAACCGCUCCUGUAUCUCUAUCUCCUACCCUACUUUCUGUUCUCCGCCUUUUGAGGGUGUACUGCAAGUUCGCAGCCUUUUUGCUCUCAGAAAAUCUACAUCUCUGGUGUUGUCAGAGUGAUAUGGAAGGUUCGAAAGAUGCUGACUCUGAUUCGUGCACAGAACCCCAUGUUGGAGGACGAAGCUCUCCCGCUGAGAAAGGCCUCGAAAUUGGCUUCGACGCUGAUAUGGAAAGACACCCACCUCGCUUCCCUCGUUGGACAAGGCAGGAGAUCAUAGUUUUGAUUGAAGGGAAGCGGUUAGAGGAAUCCAAGGGCAGGAAAUAUAGGGUAAUUGAUGGUGAGAGCACUGCCAACGUCGAGUCUAAGUGGUCCUCAAUCUCUUCCUAUUGCAAGAAACACGGCGUCUACAGAGAAGCAGUCCAGUGCAGGAAGAGGUGGAGCACCCUUUCGAGAGAUUACAAGAGAAUCAAAGAGUGGGAGGCGACGAACAGAAACGCGUCUUUUUGGGUAUUGAGGACCGACUUGAGGAGAGAGAACAAGCUCCCCGGGUUUUUUGAUCCAGAGCUGUAUGAAGUGCUGGAGAGAUGCUUUGGUGGCAAAAGAAACGAUCAUUUUUCUGUGAAGGUUGAGCCGGAAGCGGUUUUGGAUGAUAGCCAGGCAAAACCUGAUGAAGGGUUGUUCUCAGAUGCUGAACACUCUGUCCAUGAAGAUGCCGUCCCUGAAAGCCCGGAGAAACAAAUUGUGGAUAGCCCCUCUGUUACUCCAGGCAUCCAACCGGAUAAGACGGCAACGCCAUGCUCAACUGCAGAGAGGGGUUCCCCUUCCCACAUUCAAGGUAAGAAGAGAAGGCUCUCGAGUCCAGAAGAGAAUGGUGGUAGGAACGCGAGGCAGCAGCAAAUUCUUUCGGUUCUUGAAAGAAACGGGAUGGCUUUGAGUGCUCAUAUUGCAGCACAUAAUUUGAAUUGCGAACUGGAUAGAAACCAGAGAGCUGAACAGGGGAAGAAUUUGAUUGGCGUCUUGGCCAAAUUGGCCGACACGUUGGGUAGAAUUGCGGACAAAUUAGCCUGAGCUUUGUCUUCUUUUCCAAAAUUAUGAUAGGAGCUGGUCAACUUGCUUUUGCAGGCUUACACUGGAUAGGAAAAAAUGAUGUAUACUGUUGUAUGGAAUUUUCUUUCGUUGUAUGAUAUACAGAGCAUUAUAUAGAGUCUGUGAGCUGCAUCUUUAGUUCUGUUGCCUCUAUUGCAUCUGCUAUCAAAUGACAAGUAUUCUGGAAUUACAGUGCGAUCACUUUUAACA